UUUUACCUCCUUGCUUUCUUUAUUCCUCCCUGCCUCGCUCUUUCUUUCUCUAUUUAAUACGCCUUAGCCUGUCGUAUGUGUGUAUUUAUUUAUUUAUGCAUCCUAUUUGAAAGUAUCUAGGUUUUUUAACGCUUUAGUCGUUUCCUCAAAUGAGAAGACGUAAAAGAUGGAGCUUCAUAUUUUAGAGCACAGCUUGAAAGUGGCGAGUAUAGAAAAAGAGGGGAUCCAGAUUUGCACUCACGGAUUAAUAAAACUCGCUUUCUUGGCCUCCAAAACAAGAUGCAAGUUUUUCAGCCUGACGGAGACUCCGGAGGACUACACCAUCAUCGUCGACGAGGAAGGCUUCAAAGAGCUGCCCCAGUCAGAGCACAUCAGUGUUGCCGAUGCCACAUGGUUGGCCCUUAACGUGGUGUCGGGGGGCGGCAACGCCUCCAACUCGCAGCCCAUCGGAGUCACUAAAAUCGCUAAAUCAGUCAUCGCACCGCUGGCCGACCACAACAUCUCUGUUUUCAUGCUGUCGACGUAUCAGACCGACUUCAUUCUGGUUCGAGAGCGAGACCUGCCGAUGGUCAUGCACACGCUGUCUUCCGAAUUCACUUUGCUUCGGGUGGUCAACGGGGAGACUGUUGCUGCUCACGAUCUGGGGGUCACCAACGGUUUUGUUAAGCCAAAACUUGUGCCCCGUCCCAUCAUUCACCCCUUGUCAAGUCCCAGCAACAUGUUCUGUGUGACCAGCCUGGACCCAGACACUCUGCCCUCCGUAGCCACCCUGCUCAUGGAUGUCAUGUUUUACUCCGGAGGGCCAAAGGAGCCCGGAGCAUCCAGCGAGGACUCCAGCCACAUCCGCUUCUUCUCCUUCUCCCUGAUCGAGGGCUACAUCUCUCUGGUCAUGGACGAACAGACAACUCAGAGGUUUCCAAACAAUGUCCUCUUCACUAGUGCUUCUGGUGAGCUUUGGAAAAUGGUUCGCAUUGGGGGACAACCUUUAGGAUUUGAUGAGUGCGGCAUCGUGGCUCAGAUAUCAGAGCCCCUGGCGACGGCUGACAUUCCAGCUUACUACAUUAGUACCUUCAAGUUUGACCACGCCCUGGUUCCCGAAGAAAACAUCCAAAGUGUGAUCGGAGCUCUGCGGACCAAGAGCACGGCACAGUGAAGGAAGCCGGAGGAAAACGACGCAAUCGGCCGUUUUCAAAGUCAUUUCGUUCAAACGUUUAUCGUGUCCAAAAAGUGCCAAGAGCUUAUUAGCGGACUACUGUGGAUCGGCUGAGAAAGGAAGGGACUGAACCACAAAGCGUGGCUUGGCGUACGCAGGAGGGGAGGGGUGGGUGACAGUGUGUUAGGGAUGCCUUUGUUACUCGGUCAUUUUCCUUACCCCCGGACCUCCUCCCUCCCUCCCUCCCUCCCUCGACACUCGAGGUCCUCCACUGCCUGCUCUGGUAGUUGUUGCUUUAGUUUACCAAACUGAAAAUGUUUCUUUUCCUCUCUAAAGCUGCUUCUUCCCACUCCCCGACCCUCACGAGCACCAUACUGUAUUAGUUACAUAAUCCCUCUCAUGGAAGGAUGACGAAUGUACUCUCAAAAAAACAAAAGAAAUAUUAUAUAUAAAUAUAUAUAUCAAGCUCUCCAUCUUUUUUUUUUUUUGGUUCUUUUGUUUGUUUUGUUUUCCACAGGUCAUUUCUCAGUGCCAACAUGUCUGAAUGCCUAAACUGAUGCCUUUGUUAAAAUGUGUGCAAUUGAAGGAGACAGUUUUUGAGACCGCCAGCCGUGACAGGCCACCAGGCUGAGUGAUCUGAUUGGCUCAGAGUGGCCGUUCGUUUUCAGUUGAUGAUUCUGACUGUUGGAGUCCUUCAGAUGUUUGGUUUGGUGAAACGCGGUGAUCUUGAUGAGGAAGUUUUCCUUUAGUGUUUUAAAAAGUAAUAUGCAUUCACACCGUGAGCAACGUGGUUGAUGGAAUUAGCAGAUUUUUUAUUUAUACAAACUUUUUAUUCGUUUUUUUUUUUCAGUCUUAAUCAACGGCCACACAGUCAUGUUUGACAGAUUAGUUUAUUAAUCGAUAACGUGAAAAUCAAUUACAAAACACGUCACGGCUUCUAAAAAGGAAACCGCCCGCUCGCUCGUCUCACUUUUAUACAGUAAUUUUGAAUUCACUCGCAGUUGAGAUAAAUAAGCCCUUUUUGUCUCCAGUAAAUGAGUAAAUGUACACACUUGCUUCAGGAGUCUGUGUUUCCGGGUGUUCGUGCACACACUGAUUACACUACAUUAAACACAGGAAACUGACAGUAUUUUCCUGGUCAUCACGUUGCUCACGGUGUGAACCCACUGAAGACCUGAAGAAGAAAUGCUAUGAUGAAAAUGUACAAAUCUACAAUAGUAAUAAAUUACUGAGCCACUUUGACAAUGUACUAGAAUAAUGACUGAGUGCUAAACAUAAGCUAAGGUUCACGCAGGGAAAGGAACGUGUCCCUCCAAGUCCCUGGUGUCCGUUUAGGUCCUGAAGUUGCCCCUCCCUGCCCCAGUCUGCACUUUAAUGCAGGUCCCGCCCCCCAUAGGCCUGCUGUACUGAUGUGAAAACAGGGAGGGCUGUUUACUCUAUCCUGUCCAGAUGGGGAGACGUCUGUUGGUCUGAAACAUUUGGCGAUACCGUUUUCUUUUCUCUCUUUUCCACCUUGUACCAAUAACAACAACAACAACAACAACAACCUUCUUCUGAUCAGAUGUGAUUAGCAGAAACCCUGUGUUUAUCAGUGUUAAAACAUGAGGCAGGCGACACUUUGUCUGAUUCCAUUUCAGAGAAAACGAUGAAAACAUUUCAUUUGGAGCUUCUUGUGUGGGUGAAAAAAAUAAACUUUUUUUUUUGGAGCUUGUUGAGUGAUCAGUUUUCGCCAGUGUGUCUUUUUUUUUAUUAUUAUUACUGUCUUUACUUACACUGUUACUCCCAAUGUGUACUUUAAUCAAUAAACUGGUGACAUCUCUGCCCAA